GAGCGGGACAUCAACAAACGGCUGAGUUCACUCUGACACAUGGAGAAGACACACUGAGAGCAUGCAGAUAAAUGUUUGACAGGAGCGCAGCGCUUUGUGACCUUCCUUCAAGUCAUGUUCUGCUGUCUGAAGCUGCUGCACCUCCUUUUUCUAAUCCCCCCAUCGUCCCUCCAAGGGGUGGCACUGUGGCGCCGGGGAAACCGAGUGUCCUCCAUCAACGCCUGCCAGCAGACGGAGGCGGCAGACGGUGGGCUGACUGUUCGCUGCAGCGGACUGCGAUUGGCUCAGAUACCGGCCGGCCUGCCUAAUCACACCACCCAUCUGUUUCUGAACAAGAACCGGCUCACCUCUCUGCCUGCCUUCUGCUUCUCUGAUCUGUUCCUGCUGGAUGAACUGGAUCUGUCCCACAACCAGCUGUCCUUUCUGGAGCCGGGAUGUUUCUCUGGCCUGGUGUCGUCUCUCCGGUACCUGGACCUCUCAUCCAAUCUCCUCACCACGUUGGACCCUGUGGUUCUUGGUGGACUUCAGGUCCAAGCCAACCUGAGCCAGAACCCGUGGCACUGUGACUGCAGCAUGCAGAUGUCAGUACCUCAGCUGGACAUGGACACGUCCUCCCUGGAGAAAGUCAUCUGUCAGACCUCGGACCUUCCAAACCUCGGAGCUGUUGGACUUCCGCUGGUCGUACUGAUGCAGGACUGGGAUCUGUGUCAGUCUGUGAGGAGAACCACAGACUUCCUGACCCUGAUCACAAUGUUCCUCUGGUUCGGCAUGCUCAUCGCCUACCUGAUCCACUACAUUCGACACAACGAGGUGUUCGCCCGACGACACCUGGAGUACCUGAAGUUCCUGGAGAGCCGGGACCCUUUUAGACCCCGAUAAAGAUCUCCUUUGGUACCAUUCAAC